UGAUGUUUUGUGAUUUGGUUCUUUUUUUACGACUGUCGAUACUGUAGUGCCGGAAUUUUUAUUCGUGUUUAGUUCCGUUGCACACGCAGCGGAGGACAACACAUUACUCAUUUCCGCCAUUACAUUACACUGACGCUUCCACCACAUGUCAACCACAACAUCGCCGUCCCCACCACUUCCUUCUCAUUCCUCAAACAAAUUACGUAAUUCCUCUCCUAUCUUCCACUCUCGAUCCUUCAAGCGAAAGGAUUUUUCCAUUCGAUGUGAAUCCGAGAAUAGCCAAAGGUGGACGGUUGGUUGUGUUUCUGGUACUGAUCCAAUUCAUAUUAUUCUAAAACCUCCUUCAAUUCCAAUGGCUUCCUCUGCUGCUUUGGCUUCUGCUGUGAAGAAUUCUAAGAGAGUUUGUCUAUUCUAUUGCAAUGAAAUGAAGGACCUUGCUGAGAGAAUUGCUUCCCAAAAUGACUCCAUUGAGCUUCGUAGCAUCACUUGGAGGACUUUUGACGUUUACCUUAUCCCAACAAAAUUCAGGACUUUUGAAGAUGGAUUCCCCAACUUAUUCAUAUCUAAUGCUCAUGGCAUCCGUGGACAACAUGUAGCUUUCCUUGCGUCAUUUAGUUCUCCUGGAGUAAUUUUUGAGCAAUUAUCUGUCAUUUAUGCAUUGCCAAAGCUCUUCGUCUCCUCAUUCACACUUGUCCUUCCAUUUUUCCCAACGGGCACAUCCGAGCGUAUGGAGGAUGAAGGUGAUGUUGCGACAGCUUUUACGCUUGCCAGGAUUUUGUCAAACACCCCAGUUCCUCGAGGAGGACCAACUAGUUUAGUUAUCUUUGAUAUCCAUGCCUUGCAGGAGAGAUUCUACUUUGGAGACAAUAUACUACCAUGCUUUGAGAGUGGGAUCCCGUUGCUUUUAAAGAGGCUACAACAACUCCCCGACUCUGAUAAUAUAUCUAUAGCUUUUCCUGAUGAUGGUGCAUGGAAACGUUUUCACAAGCAGCUUCAGCAUUUUCCAAUGAUUGUCUGUGCUAAAGUUAGGGAAGGUGAUCAACGAAUUGUACGGAUUAAGGAGGGAGACGUCAAUGGACAUCAUGUUGUGAUAGUUGAUGAUCUUGUACAAUCAGGUGGCACCCUAACAGAAUGCCAGAAAGUGUUGGCUAAACAUGGAGCUCAAAAGAUAAGUGCUUAUGUGACCCAUGGAAUUUUUCCGAACAGAUCAUGGCAGCGUUUUAACCAUGACGAAGGAGGUAGGUAGUCCUGAGAAUGGGAUGAGUUACUUCUGGAUCACAGAUUCAUGCCCUCGAACUGUGAAGGAGGUGAAAGACAAAAAACCAUUUGAGGUUCUGAGCCUUGCCGCCCCCAUAGCAGCUGCACUUCAGAUUUAACUGCAGAUUAUGUACCUUACCUAUGCUGUUCUUUCAAUUCUUUAUACCUGCAAUGUACAAUGAUUCAAGAUAUAUAGAGAGCUAGAAGAAGCCGGAGUUUCCUGCUAGCAUUAUCGAAUGAAUGGUGCUACUCAAGUGUGAGGAGUUUAGAUUGAUAAUGAGUGGUGCUACUCAAGUGUGAGGAGUUUAGAUUGAUGUAGACACAACUUUUUUCAACUCUAGUUACCUCUCAGAAAUGAGAAUUUGAUGCCAGCGUAAUUAAAAUGUUUACUACUCCCAAUCAAAGUUCAUUGAAGAUUUCCCUUGAAGGAUUUACCUCGAAAAAUGACUCUUUUAUUUCCCAUAAAAUGUUUGCUUGUAUAAUGAAAGGUCUACAAUUUAAUUUGGAUGUGGGUUGAACAUUUAAGUUAUAACAUAAUCUAAUAGUAGCUAAUUAUUUAUGUUGAGUUCAGGGUUAUAUUUUUCU